AUGAAUCUCAACGCAGAUUUUCCGUCGCUGAGAAUAGCGGACUCUGCCCCGCAGCCACAGGGAGAGGACAGUAACGGCAACGAGCCUGCCGCCGCGGGCCCCGCCGCCGCUACAGCCGAGCAGGACACAAUGGAGGAGGAGGAGGCCACAGAACCCGCUGCCCCGGCUACCCCUGGCCCCGAGCCGGCCGCCGGGCCAGCACCCGGAAGCGCCGACAAAAGGAAGAUUAGCGACGGCAGCUCGGACGAGGCCGAACAGCAAGUACAGCCCAAGACGGCGCGUACACAGAAAACGCUGGCGAAGCAAGCGAGGAAGGAAAAACAACCAGAACGAGAAAUAGAAUUGAUGGAAACUGAAAAAGCAGAAAAUGAAAGUGGCACUCCAGCCACACACGAACAGGCACGCGAGCAGAAGAUAAGAGAAAACGUGAACCAACUUAAAAAGAUACUGAAAUUAAACCAAGAAGAUGACGUCGCCGCAACCACCUCCAAGAAGAGGAGCGGAGAAAAAGCCAAGGGGAAACAACGGAGCAUAGAAGAAAACACAAAAACGGCAAACAAAACAGGAACCAAAAAGGAAAGGAAAAGGCAGAAUUCCAGUUCCUCACAGGAGAGGAGGCAAAGCGGGGCAGACCGGCCACAACUGCAGCACACGGACUCUGACGACAGCUCUGACGGGCAAUUGAAACGACUAGGCUGGCAAAAAACUCAUACCAGAUAA